UCUGAAAAAAUAUCAGUUGUCCGAAAAGCUUCAACGAAUUAAUUCCAUUUUUUUUUUAAAUUUUAAUACAAAAAAAUGACUGCUACAUUCGUUCUAGUGCUAGGUUGCCUUGUAUGUGGAGCAUUAGCUGGACGUCCUGCUAUUCAAGGACCUGUAGUUUCAGCACCAACUACAAACCCAGCACCAGUCACUGGUCCAGCGAUUAACUAUUUACCACCCUCCAAACCAACUGUUGUUGUUAACCGUCCCGUCGUCCAAAGUCCUGGGCCUCUUCCAGCGACCAACUAUUUACCACCCUCCAAACCAGCUGUUGUUGUUAACCGUCCCGUCGUCCAAGGUCCUGGGCCAGUUGUUAUACCACAAAUUUUACCUCGACCAACUCCCGCAGCAACUACCGCCAAACCAAUUACAUUGCCCAUCGCACCGUCAGCCCGUCCAAUCUCAAUCGGCAAAAUUGGAAUACCAGCUCAAUCUGGCUCCCGCACUGUUGGAUCCCGCGCUCCUUACUAAUCAUUUCGAAUGUAAUUUGGAUGUGUUAAUAAAUGACGUCACUGCUCAAUGAUAUAAAAUAAAGUAGAACAAUUAAAUGUA